AUGGCUGUUCAACGAAUACAACAUCAUAUUUUCGAGUUAGUCGCUCCAACAAUUGCUUUAAGCGCCAUUUUCAUCCUUCUCUUUGGACCUUUAUUCUUUCCUCGUGCAUAUAUCUGGUUCCUGUUAAUUUACUUUAUAACAUAUUUAUACAUAUCUAUGAAUCAUUUUCUUAAAUUUUGUCAUACCGUGCGAAAUAUUAAGAGAACAAUUCGAAAUUGGAACGUGUCACAAGAUCAAUCGACGCGUAAUUAUAAAGAGGUAAUUAAUAAGAGUACUGCAACCAGUAAUGGAAGGAUAACGCCGACAAGAAAUGGUUAUGCGUCGGUGUCUACGAGUGAUGAUUUCGAUUGCGAUAACAGAGCUAAUGAAAUGGAGAGAGCGGAUAAAAUACAUGAUGCUUAUUACAUUCAUGCUUUCGUCAUUCCAAAUUAUGAGGAACCCGAACCAUUAUUAAGAGACACCAUUAAAAGAUUGGAACAACAUAGGUAUGAUAGGAUAUUCUUUACGAAUAUUUUUUUCGCGAUAGAGCUAAUACUUUUCAAUAUAAUUGAUCUCAAAAGAAAUGCUACCGAUAAUUAUGUUAUCGUAUUGGCAAUGGAAGCGUCAGAGGUAGAUCAUCGGAUAAAGGCUGAUAAUCUCAAAAGGACUUAUGAUGGAUCUUUUCUUGAUUUUAUCAUAACGAUUCAUCCAAAGGAUUUACCUGGCGAAAGUCGAGGCAAAGGGAGCAAUGUGGCAUAUGCUGCUAGAACCGCAUGUGAUGAGUUGGUUCGUAAAAGGAUCGACAAAAGACGCGUGGUUUUCACCGUAACGGAUUCAGAUUCUGCUAUUCCGGAACUUUACAUCCGUCACGUUGAAAAGGCCUUGGCUGAAUCAUAUGAUCCUUACUCGAUAAUUUGUUCCCCUCCUAUCUUUUUCUCGAGAAAUGCACUUAAUGUACCAGCCGCAGUACGCGUCACGGACAUCAUGUGGUCCAUAAUGGUGAUGCAAAAUCUGAGUAAUCGGAAGGGAUUGGCGUUCCCUUGUUCGACGUAUAGUUUAAGCAUGGUUCUUGCUGAACAAGUUGGAUUCUGGGACACCGACAAGGAUGCGGUCGGUGAAGAUUUACACAUGUGGCUGAAAUGCUUUUUUAAAACCGGAGGAGUUUCUAGAACAAUUCCAAUAUACGUUCCUAUAAAUCUUACGAAUGUUCAAACAACUGGAUAUAUGUCAAACAUACACGCGCGUUGGGUUCAAGCAAAACGUCAUUACAAUGGAGUUGCCGAUGUCGCUUAUUCAUUGAAAUCUGCUUUUGGGGUUAGCAAGCAUUCUCCAGAUACAAAAUCACUUUUGGGAUCUUAUUCCGGACAAAAAAUUUUCAUGUCAUGUUCAUUGGCUGAUAAACUUACUGUUGUAUUUCACGUCUUGGAAGCUCACAUGAUUCCUGCAACCUCAGGAUGGAUCAUGUUUGCGGCUAUACCUUUAACACAAUUUUUACUCAUAUCCACAUAUUCACCUCUAUCAAAUUAUUAUCCAAAUUUUCAGAAUCCAAUUCAAACUUCAACAUUUUACUAUUACAUGUUUUACCUUAUACAAGCGGUUGGUAUAUUAUUACCUAUGCCUUUACUGAUGUGUGCCGUAUUAUACGAAGGUUUACAUAAGACAAUAGACCUUGAUUUGCUCAAAAAAAGUUCCAGUGAAACUAGAACAUGGAGAAAUGUUAUGGAUUACGUUUGGCUUCCUGUGAGCGCUUGGUUAUUUUUGACUUUGCCAAGUACAAUGGCUUGUGUAAAAAGAUUAACAAAAAGUGAGGAACAAUAUGUGGUAGCAGAAAAAUUAUUUUCAGAAGAACUAACAUAUUAA